GCAGCCCUAAAGAAAUAGAGAUGUUUGUCUGCUUCCAGUGAGGAGUGCAGCCGCAGUGCCUCUAUGGAGUCAUGUUUCACAGGCCUUUGUAGCUCUGAUUGACGCUGUCCUGAAUGGCCUGCCUGGCUGGGCCCUGGCUUACGAGAGAGGAGGGCUUGCCUGCAGCCUGUCUGACGGUUCAGCAUUCUUCCAAAGAGCUGGUUGGUGGCUGAGGCAAGAACCGAGGAAGCCUGCGUGGGCCGUGGUGCCAAGGACCAUUCAGGAAUCUGUUCCUGAUGCCGAUGAUAGAGCUGCCAGGGGAGGAAUCGAAGCCCCUUCUGCAACCUGCCACCAGCCCACCCAACAAGUCCUUAAAUGGAACAGAGUCCAACUGCUACAGCCUGCCUUCAGCCCGGACAGAUGAGCAAGCUCUGCUAUCGUCCAUCCUUGCCAAGACAGCCAUCAACAUCAUUGAUGUUUCAGCUGCGGAUUCGCAGGGCAUGGAACAACACGAAUACAUGGACAGGGCCCGGCAAUACAGCACGCGGCUGGCCAUGCUGAGUAGCAACCUGAUGCACUGGAAGAAGCUCCCUCCCCUCCCGUCGCUGACCAACCAGCCCCACCAAGUGCUCGCUAGCGACCCGGUGCCCUUCGCAGACUUGCAGCAGGUCUCUCGGAUAGCUGCGUACGCCUUCAGUGCCCUUUCCCAGAUCCGGGUGGAUGCGAAAGAAGAGCUGGUUGUACAGUUUGGGAUCCCAUGAUGCCAAUCCUGCCCCCCCUCCCCACCCCCCCGAGCCCUUCACUUUUUAUUUCUUUCCCUUGAUCGGCUCGUCACUGCAGCAAAAUCGGUCCGGAAUUCAGUCCGCAGGAUGGAUCUCCUGUUCCUUGCCACAGAGACAGUUACGGACGGCCAGCGGCUGCCGCCUUCUUGCGCGUCCUCCCCCUCCGCUCCCUGCUCUCGCUAGCUCUGGUUGUGGGGGGGACGGGGGGCGGGCAUUUGAGCAGGCCAAUUCAGGCAGGGUUGGAGGGAGGAGCCAAGGGGGCAGCGCCAGCACACGGAGCUUGCUUAACGCAUAGGAAGCGUGAAUCUUACAUCACAAUGACUGCCACUGAGACACAUGCGGGGGGGGGGGGUAAGGGGGAAGGGAAGAGAAGGGAACAGCCUCUCAGUUAUUUGGAAAUGCUCUGCUUGAGGUGUGAACCCUUUGGUCUGGUAGGACAGUUGAAAUUCUAACCUCUUUGGAAGGAGGGACCUCGGUUGCAACGUCACUUCUCACUGUGUGUAAACUCGUUUUUCUUCUCUGAUGCCAUCCUCUUUGGGUAUUUUAGGAUUCGGGAGGGUGAGUUGGAUUUUUUAUUCAGGACGGGCACCACAGCUGAAGAGCAACAGUAGCGUGGCUCUUCUCCCUGUGGAACCCGCUGCCCUGGUUUACAUGGCUGAGCUAUCAUUUCGUUUUAACUUCUUUUUUUGUUUUUGCUAAAGUAGAUAAAAUAUAAAUACAUUCACCCAUG